AGCGACAAUUAUCUUUUUUUUUUUUUGGGUUUUUGAGUUUGUUGACUUGUGUUGAACGAUGUUGAAUCAUGGGUCAAAUGUUUUCGCUGAAGGGGUGGUUUGUUCCGGUGAGGAUGAGCUGUAUGAGCCGCUAUGGAAGGCCUGUGCGGGUCCACUGCCUGUCGAUGUUCCUCGUGUUGGCCAGAGGGUCUUCUAUUUCCCUCAAGGACACACCGAGCAAUUUGAGGUGUGCGAAAAUCAAGAACUGAAUCAGAGUAUUCCUCCGUUGAAACUUCCCACAAAGAUCCUUUGUCGCGUCGGGAAUGUCCAUUUAAUGGCUGAACAAGAAACAGAUGAGGUUUAUGCACAGAUUACUUUGGUGCCAGAAUCUAAUCAAGCUGAGCCUACAAGCCCUGAUCCGUGCACUGCUGAACCUCCGAGGGCAACAUUUCACUCAUUCUGCAAGGUCUUAACUGCUUCGGAUAGCAGAAGGCGUGGUAGCUUCUCUGUUCGCAUGAAACAUGCCACAGAAUGCCUUCCUGCUUUGGACAUGUCUCAACCAACUCAAGAAUUGGUCGCCAAGGAUCUUCACGGUUAUAAAUGGCACUUUAAGCAUAUAUUUAGAGUUCAGCCACGCAGACACUUACUCACGACUGGAUGGAGUACUUUUGUGACUUCCAAGAGAUUAGUUGCUGGAGAUACCUUUGUGUUUUUGAGAGGGGACAACGGGGAAUUACGCGUUGGAGUGAGGCGUCUUGCUCGUCAGCCAAGUAGCAUGCCGUCAUCUGUGAUUUCCAGUCAGAGCAUGCACCUACGAAUUCUAGGAGUUCUUGCAACUGCCUCUCAUGCUGUUUCAACUCAGGCUCUUUUUGUAGCAUAUUAUAAGCCAAGGACGAGCCAGUUCAUCAUAAGCGUGAACAGGUACUUGGAGGCUAUCAACAAUAAGUUUAGUGUUGGCAUGAGGUUCAAGAUGAGGUUUGAGGGAGAUGAUUUCACUGAGACUGACAAAAGAUUUUCCGGUACCGUAGUUGGAGUAGAAGAUAUUUCUCCUUAUUGGGUAGAUUCAAAAUGGCGAUCACUUAAGGUUCAAUGGGAUGAAGCUGCAGCUGUUACAAGACAUGAUAGGGUUUCACCAUGGGAGAUAGAACCUUUUGUGGCUUCUGCUUCGACACCCUCGAUUCAACCUACAGUUGUAAAGACUAAAAGGCCUCGACCACCCAGUGAAGUUCCAGAUGUUGACAUAACAUCGGCUGAUAUGAAUAGUAAAAGCAACAGCAACACUAUAUUAAGGGAUACAAUAGAAGGAAGUUGGCUAUCUUCUCCCAAUUCUAGUUCUCCUUCUCAUUUGAAUCAGGACACAACGGAUGAUAGCGAGAGUGUCUCAGCUUGGCCUGUUUCAAAUCCUCAGUCAUCUAGAUUGAACAACGAUCAUGUGCUUGUUGACCAAGUUGAUAAGGAGAAGAAAGUCGAGACUGCUACAAGUUAUCAAUUGUUUGGAAUCAAGGCUAUUGAUCAUUCCAGGAACUCACCUGCUGUAGAAAAGGCAUCAACACAUGCAGGAAAUGUACCCAGAGUUAUUACCACCGAAGGCUAUGUCAGCUGUGGAGUCCAGGUUACAUGUGCUGACUUAAACAGCGUCCAGUGUUCGAAUGUAGAAAGCUGGCUUGAAAGAACAGAUAAUGAGAUAAAGAAUUGUGGGCACGACAACUCAUAUAAGCCAUUCCGAGGCAAAGAGAAGAUAAGUGAUGCAAAAUGCUCAUGGCCAUUAUUAACGGACAGUUCUGACAAAAGCACUGACAGAACGACAAAUUCAUAUUCAAACGAGUAUUCUGGCCCGUCCUGA